AACAAUCGUUAAAAAAGUUGAACUAGCACAAAAUGGACUCACCUCUCGUUCUAUACCGUUCCAGCUGCUUCGCGAACGCGUCUGUUUCAUGACGUUUCACUUGUAAACACAACAAGCUUCCGAUCAACAACGUACGCGUCGCGACGCAGUCAGUGUGAAAUAAAGCAAAAUUAUCAAAAAGAAAAACCCAUAAUUGCGACACAAUUUAAUUCGCUUAAAACUGCUUCAUUUUCGAUCGCUCGCUGGCCAGCGCGCACGCUAUCAGUCGGUGUAGCGAUUCCCACCCUUCAACGUUGUCCUGUGUGGUCGUGCAUUUGUGUUCGCGUCAUCUGCAUCGAAGUGAAAGUGGUAAAAUUUUCAUCAAAGCAGCCAUCCCUACGGUCGUGGGUCGAGGAUGCUUCCUGCCCGGGAAGGUGUGUCUGCUUUGAAAGGAAUUUGUUCGGAAGUUGAAGUGCGUGUGUGAAAGCUCGUGUUUCUGUGCGCUACGCCAGGCAGGAAAAAAAGGGGCAACGGCAACAGUAAGCCCUAUGGUGAUGUGUUGUGAUAUUUUGAGGCCUCCCGGAUCCACGGAUGGUGGUGGUGCCUGAGUGUGCCAAAGUGAAUAGAAAAGAGAGUGAAUUCAAUACGACCCGAGCAAAAAAAAUCCUCCACAAGCAGCAGUAGUGAUUACGCGUAGAAAUCAAAGUAAUCCAACAAAAAGCUGGUUGGAUUACGGUAAAUCGUCGUCGUCUGCGAGCUUUUCGUUUCGUGGAAGCACCGUUUCGUGGAAGCACCGUUUCGUACUGCUUUCGUGGCCGUGCAAAGGCCACCCCAACGGCACCAAAAUUACACUCAACGCGACGCAACUGUUUGGCGUCCUGAACGCGAUGGAGCAGGACGAGGAGCAAGAGGUGCCCGACAUACGGGAGCAAAUGUUUCACAACACGGUCCGGGAGCAUAUCAUCUUUAUGUUACUCUUUCUGUUGCUUUAUCUUGGAAGCUACGCGCUGAUCAAUCGCUUCCGGAGGCGCGAUCGGGACGAUUUGUUCGCUACUGACGACGAUGAAAUUACAGUGUAUCGAAUUAGCUUAUGGUUAUGCACCUUUUCCUUUUCCGUGGCGGUUGGUGCCGCCCUGCUGCUUCCCAUCUCGAUCGCCAGCAACGAGGUGCUCAUCCUCUACCCCAACAGCUACUACGUGAAGUGGUUGAACAGCUCGCUCAUACAAGGGCUCUGGAACUACAUAUUUCUGUUCUCGAAUCUGGCACUGUUUGUGCUGCUGCCCUUCACCUACCUGUUCACCGAAUCGUCCGGCUUCAGCGGCCACAAGAAGGGCAUUAUGGCGCGGGUGUACGAAACGUUUACCGUGUUUUCGCUGCUUGCAUUCAUCGUGUUUGCCACCACGUACAUCAUAUCCGCCCUGGGCGAUCCGGACAGGAACACCUUUCAGGCGCUGUUCAAUUUAGCCAGAUGCCAUUUGCCAUUUUUGUACUCGUGUGUGUCCUUUUUUGGUGUACUGUUACUAUUAGUUUGCACCCCAUUGGGUUUCGUAAGACUGUUCGCUGUGGUGGGCCAGGUGCUGGUCAAACCUAACCUUUUGCGUGACGUGAAUGAAGAAUUCCACGCCUUCAACAUUGAGGAGGCCACCGUGAGGCGCAAGCUGGCCAACGCCAACCUUAAUAUAGAGCUAAAGAGCGUAACGACGAUAGAUCUAACGCCGGCCAAACUUUGCUCCGGGCUGGAUGAUUUGUAUCAAAUCAAACUGGCCUCGAAUGGCAGUACGCACGAAUCGGCCAAGCUGUUUGAAAGACUGAGAGAGCUAGAGUCUGAACGUAAAGUGCUAGACAAGCAACGCAGCUCUUCGGCACUUCAGAGAAAUCUGGUCUAUCCGAUAGCGAUGCUGCUAUUGUUGAUUCUAACCGGCAUUGCGGUCCUGCUGGUCGUGCAGAACACGCUGGAACUACUGAUCGGCAUCAAGGCAGUACCGUUAAGCACGAGGCAAUUCACGCUGGGAAUUACAUCCCUAUCGAAGCUCGGACCGUUGGGCGCAACGCUGGAGGUGUGCAUCAUCACCUACCUGGGCGUUACGUCCACCGUAGGGCUGUACACGAUGCCUUUCAUGUACAAUGUGCGUCCCCGGCGACGCAACACCUCCCUGACGCAGCUGAUUGCGAACUGUGGGCUGGUGCUGAUCCUGAGCUCAGCGCUACCCCUGCUCGCACGCAUUCUAGGUAUUACAAAUUUCGAUCUGCUCGGCGAUUUCGGACAGAUCGAGUGGCUGGGCAACUUUAUGAUCGUGCUGCUGUACAACGUGGUGUUCGGGACGGCGGCCACGCUCUGUCUGUUCAACAAGUUCACCGCCACCGUGAGGCGGGAGCUGUGCGCUCGAUUGAAAGCACUGUUUGACUACAGCAGUCACAUCGAGCUCAGCAUUUCACAGAAUGCCAGCCAGCUGAACCAUCUGCAUCCGGCGUCGGCAUGUACGCAGCAGCAGCAGCAGCAUCCAUCAUCCGCCCAUACCACCAACCAUACAGUCGUACAUCCCGUCGUACCCGCGACGAACGAACCGGCCACCCACCAAGACAAGCAGCACACUAUUACGGUCGAGAACGGUACCGGUAGUGUCGUGCAUCAUCGCCAUCCUCACGCAUUCCCGGCGCACACCGGUGAAAACGUUGCCGUUGCCAAAGACAACCGACCGGCGCUGCCUACCGACCACCGGGUGGCUAAUGUGGCCCUCAAAAAGACACGCUAGGAAAAUGGUUGAUCUGCUCUCAUUUUUUUCCGUUGACCCAUGCGCACCCACCAGUGAGUGAGUGGAGCCCACAUCACAAGUAAGAUAUAUAUCUAAGCACUAGCUUUAGCAUCGUUUUAGUCGUUCCAGCGGCGGACCACCACAUCCGACCACAUCAUCUGUCGCAUGUCGAUGAUAAUUGCACUGCGCACACAAUUAUCUGCCAUUUCAGUGAUAUUACUUACGCGACAGAAUAUUGUUUCUCGAGGCUGUUUUGCAUUGACCGCCGCGUUAUCGUGAUUUCGGGACAAAGACAAAGCUACUCAAAUUUACAGUGCGCAACAUAACUAUACGAAAUCUUUCUCUUUUUGUUUUGGUAAAAUAAAACAAUCCCUUGAAGAGUGAUUUGAGUUAUGAAAUACAAA